CUUGACAAGAAGGCUGAAUGCACACGCAACGCCCCUGCCUCCCCGUCCACCAGGUCGACCUCGACCUGCGCUGUCCAGCUCCUGCUCGAAACACUGACCAUUCAGACCCGUUGUCCUCCAGACUUCUUUGGACCGCUUCUUGGUGCCUAAACACCCUCCUCACGCGCCAACGCUUGCUGAACUCUCGCAUCUCCACCCAGACGUAUUCGUGUUUCAAGUCGCCAACUUUGUCCGACGCCGGUGGCACCCCGAGUGAUGCAAUCAUAGCAGCAUUCCUUCUCCCUGUGCGGCCUGACCGACCAACUGCUCUCGAGUUUACCUUCUGCACUUGGCUUGCGAGAAAGACAAAAUGAGUUGGACUUUCUUCAGGAUAGCGGCCGACCUGUCGCAUAUCACGGCCAAAUGCAUCCUCAUCUUCUCUAUCCACCGGAAUCGAAGCGCUGAAGGCGUGUCCCUUCUAACGCAGCUCUUCUACGCCCUCGUCUUCAUCACGCGCUACACAGACCUCUUUCAAGAAUCAUGGCCAUGGAAUUACUUCUUUAAGGUCUUCUAUUUGCUCUCGUCCUUCUACACAAUCGCCAUCAUGCGCUACGUCUAUCCCCGCACGCGCGAACGCGAGGUGGCAUGGAAGAUGAGCGCCGCCCUUCUGGCCGGGUCGCUGAUUCUCUCCCCCUUCGUCAUGCUCAUCUUUGAAAGCAGCGAGGAAUGGGGCUUCCAAGAGUGGCUCAUAGUCUUCUCCAAAAUCCUCGAAUCAGUCUGCGUGCUCCCCCAGCUCCUCCUCCUCCGCCAGACCACGGUCCCGACCGUCAUCACCUCCCUGUACAUCGUCUUCCUGGGGUCCUACCGCGGGCUUUACCUGAUCAACUGGAUCGUGGGCGAGCUCGACACCAACAUGAGGCCGCCGAACCCGGUGUCCGUCAUCUUUGGCGUCAUCCAGACAGCCCUCUACCUCGAUUUCGCCUGGGUCUACUGGACCCGCCAGCGCGUCAAGCUGCGCAACGGCGGCGUCGUCGACGCAGACGAUUUGCGCCGCGGCUGGCUGCUGAGCCGCAUCUUUGGGAGCAAGCACCUCGCCCAGGACGCCGGGAUUGACGAGGACGAGGAGAGCGCGCCAGCACUAGGUGGCCGUCGCGCUGGCAGUGGAAUUGGCGGUAAUGGCAACGGCCGCGCGCCGCGCGCCAAGUGGGGAUCGCGCGGCAUCUCAAUCAGCGCCGACGAGGGCAUGUUUGACCAUGACGAGGAGGUGGGGCGGCACGGGCAGUCGCCCCUCGACGACGAGGAGCAUGGCGUGACAGACGCCGUAGUGGACCCGGACGCCAAGAUGCGCGAUCCGGAUGAGCUGGCCAGGGCGCUCGACGAGGACGAAGACCUGGAUGCUCCGCCCCCGCCCCCACCGGAUUCGACCAAGAAGCAGUCCUAUAGCGACGCGAGGGGCGUGCCGAGCGGCGUCAGCGGUGUGAGAGGCGGGGACGAGUGGGACGAUGAUUGAGCGCGAGGAAUCAGGGCAUGCGCUCCGUUAGGAUUAAUGGAACGGAAAGCACGCUAACAUCUGGCUGGUGCUUGAAUCUGAAUGUACGCUUGUUUAUAUGUUUUUGGCUGGGGUAGUGAAAGCAUGGGUCCAUUUGAGUGGUGUUUUGGUGUUGGCACUCAACUGAGAAUGGAACUCAGAUUUUCGCUCAGAUUAUGGGACAAUGAGAGUUUGGUUUUUCCCUGUGGUUCAAGAGUCAUCUCAUGCUGCAUGGAUUGUACGUUAGAUUGCACUGUAUGAGCGUAGAGAGACGAGGUCGUAAAGAUGUCAACAGGGGCUGCAAGACCGUGUCAGAUUUGACUUGAAUAGGCGAGUCUUGGUUAUAUUGGGAGUUCAAGUCUACGAGCAGUGAAUGGUGUCUCAGAUACGGAUAUGCUAUGAGCGUGUGCUCGAUAAUUUAGCAGUUUACUUAU